UAUAUUUAUUUUUUUAAACGCUCCGCUAGGGCUCCUAUUCUAUUUACUUUUAAGAAAAAUAAUAAUUUAUACUUCUAUAAAGAUUAUAAGAGUCUUAAUAAGAUUUUUGUGAAGAAUUAUUAUUCUCUAUCUCUGAUUUUAGAAAUCUUAGAUAGGAUUUCUGGUAAUGAAUAUCUUUUUAAAUAUAAUAUUAAUAAUGUCUAUUACUGA